GUCAUCUGCUUCCUGUCACAUGCUAGCCGUCGCUGUGCUGCUGGGGACUGCGAAGGCGUUCGCGAGCCAGGUGUCUCUCCGCCAGGUGUCUCUCCAUCAGGUUUUGUGUGGGGUUUCCGUCCAGCUCCUGCGCCCCCUCCUCGGCGUCUCUGUGUGUCCGGGACCCCCAAACCCAGGACGGGCACCCUCAUCCCGGAUUGAUUCGUCGCCCCCCCCUUACACCCCACACCCCCUCUUCCACAGUCAGAGCAGGAAAUGGCGCACAGCAGCGGAGGCUUCUUCAUGCUCCAGUCAGACGACAGCAACGUCUGUGGCCUCACUGUGGAAUCCUGCGGCCGCAGUGAGUUUGAGACCUUCCUGGAACUGCCGCACUGCCUGCCGGGUGAUGGCUGGGACAAGGGACCUCACAUGAGCCUGCAAGAUGAGGGCUCCUACAGGGGUCAGCAAGAUGAGGGUCCCUACAGGCGCCGGCAGAGUGAGGAGCCCUACAAGGGUCUACAAGAUGAGGGGUCCUACAGGGGCCUGCAAGAUGAGGGUCCCUACAGGGGCCUGCAGAGUGAGGAGCCCUACAGGGGUCUACAAGAUGAGGAGCCCUACAGGGGCCUGCAAGAUGAGGGGCCCUACAGGGGCCUGCAAGAUGGGGGUCCCUACAGGCGCCGGCAGAGUGAGGAGCCCUACAGGGGCCUGCAGAGUGAGGAGCCCUACAGGGGUCUACAAGAUGAGGAGCCCUACAGGGGCCUGCAAGAUGAGGGGCCCUACAGGGGCCUGCAAGAUGGGGGUCCCUACAGGCGCCGGCAGAGUGAGGAGCCCUACAGGGGCCUGCAGAGUGAGGAGCCCUACAGGGGUCUACAAGAUGAGGAGCCCUACAGGGGCCUGCAAGAUGAGGGGCCCUACAGGGGCCUGCAAGAUGGGGGUCCCUACAGGCGCCUGCAGAGUGAGGAGCCCUACAAGGGUCUACAAGAUGAGAGGCCCUACAGGGGCUUGCAAGAUGAGGGACCCUACAGGGGUCAGCAAGAUGAGGGGCCCUACAGGGGCCUGCAAGAUGGGGGUCCCUACAGGCGACAGCAGGACCACUUCCCUGUACUUGAUCGGGACCCCAACCUGCCCCUCAGAAACCUGCCCUUGUCCAUGCAGGAGAAGAGGAAGACCAGGGAUCGACGGCAGCAGCAGAGGCUCAGCAUUGGCUGCUGGGAGUCUUGGUGGCAGAGCCAGCGCAUCGCAAGGAGGCGGCUGCGGGAGCAGGUUGUCAGGACGAUGUGCGGACUGCAGCCCUGGAGGAAGGCCUUACACACCAUCGAGGGUAAAUUUGGUGUCGGGGUGAAGGCGUACUUCACCUUUCUGCGAUUCCUGCUGUACCUGAACCUGAUACACUGUCUCGUCAUUAGCGGUUUGGCCCUCACACCUGUACUGCUGUACGGGAAACACAACUUUACACCAGGCAAAACCCCUGCGUCGGAUCUGUUUUUGCUGACGGGCUUUAUGGACCGUUCCCCGGUCUUCUACGGGUUCUACUCUCCCGUCUCUCUGAAGGUGCCAUGCCUGAGCUCAUCCCUACUCUUCCUCCUGGCCAUUGCCUCCCUCCUCACCCUCAGCAUCAUCAUGGUGGUACGAAGGACAGUGAUUGGCUACAAGCACACGUGGAUGCUGGGAAGGCACUACAACCAUCACUUUAGCUACAAGGUGUUCUGUGGCUGGGACUUCUGCACCCAGGUCCCGGAAUCAGCUGUGCUCCAGCACAGCUUCAUCCGAAACGACAUCAAGCUGGUUCUGGAGGAGGAGCGUUUUCACCAGCGCGUAUCCCAGAGGACGUUCAGGCAGUGGGUGCAGCUGUACUUCCUGCGUGGGGUACUCAACUUCCUGGUCAUCGUGCUGCUCAGUGCUUCCUUCUACCUAAUCUAUGAGGUCACCAAGUUCUCACAGAAAGAGAAAGUCUACACUCCGAUGCUUAGUCUGCUGGUUGAGUACCUCCCUCCCAUCACCAUCACCAUGGUGAACUUCCUGCUGCCCCACCUGUUCCGCAGAAUCUCUGGCUUUGAGGAUUACUCCCUCACCGUCCAGGUCAACAUCACCUUGGUCAGGAGCAUCAUCCUCAAGCUCACCUGUUUGGCCAUCUUCCUCUACUUCCUCCUGCACCAGCCACGCAUCAGAUCAGCUCAGUGUUGGGAGAAUCAAUUUGGGAAGGAGAUGUACAAGCUGGUGGUGUUUGACUUUCUGGCCUGUUGCCUGAAUGCUGUCCUUGUGGAGUGGCCAAGGAAGCUGCUGGUGGAGAGGUACCCAUCAAGCUCUUUUCUGAGGGCGUUGGGGAAGCCGACGUUCCUGGUCCCCUUCAACGUGCUGGACCUGGUGUACAACCAGACGGUCACCUGGGUGGGGCUGUUCUACUGCCCCAUGCUGGCCCACAUCAGCCUGCUCAAGCUCCUGUUCGUCUUCUACAUCAAGAAGUUUGUGCUGUUCCGUUGCUGUGAGCCUGCUCAGAAAAUGUUCCGGGGAUCUCAGUCCUCAGUCCUGUUCCACUUCACCCUGCUGCUGGGCCUACUGCUGACUGUGGUGGCGCUGGGCAUCAACGCCAACACGUACCCCCCCUCUUCCGACUGUGGCCCUUUUGCGGACAACCGCACCCUCUUCAACAUAACGGAGAACUGUGUGCGGAUCCUGCCUGACUUCGCCCAGAAAGCCCUGCGGUUCUUCAUUUCGGAAGCCUUCGCCCUGCUCCUCAUCUUUGUGGAAAUCGUCUUCCUCACCUCCUUUGUGUCCCAGGGAAGAGCAAACCGCAGAGCCAUCGAGGGACUGAAGGACAUUCUGGUCAUGUGCAGUGCAGAUAAACGCUUUCUGGUGAAGAAGCACUCCGCCUGCCUCAGGACCCUGAAGACCAGCCUUUCUGAAGGCAACGGUGAAGACGCCCGUCGCAUGGAGGCGGUGGACCCCUCAGAGAUCCAGCCCCCUUUUACGAGGAGCACCAGUGCUCCCUGUGGGGAUGUGGCCUUCCAGCAAGGAGGCGUGGCCUUCCUGACCGGAGCGAAGCCUUUAUGAGAGGGGUGGUUCACCUCAGUACGUUUAUACCGUAUGAUGGUGAAAGUAAGGGGCUUGUUUAGAAUUCAUCAUGGGUUUUUCUGGCAUAUAAAGAGUUGCAUUAUUUGAAGCUAGUUAUAGUUCUCUGGCUCAGGGACACAUUCCAUUUGCUUAUGUCCAGAGGUGGGUAGUAACGCGUUAUAUUUACUCCGUUACAUUUACUUAAGUAACUUUUUGAAUAAAUUGUACUUGUAAGAGUAGUUUUAAUGCAACAUACUUUUCACUUUUACUCGAGUAUAUUUGC